AUGAGUUUCAGAGGUGGUUCCAGAGGCGGUUUCUCUAGAGGAGGUGGCCGUGGUGGCCGUGGUGGUUCUGCCGGUAGAGGUGGUAGAUUUUCUGCUCCACAAGGUCCUCCAGACUCUGUAUUAGAAAUGGGUGCUUUCUUACAUCCAUGUGAAGGUGACAUUGUCUGUCGUUCUAUCAACACCAAGAUUCCAUACUUCAAUGCUCCAAUUUACUUGGAAAAUAAAACUCAAGUUGGUAAAAUUGAUGAAAUUUUGGGCCCAUUAAAUGAAGUUUAUUUCACUAUCAAGUGUUCUGAAGGUGUUCAAGCUGCUAGUUUCAAAGAAGGUGAUAAAUUCUACAUUGCUCCAGACAAAUUACUACCAAUUGAAAGAUUCUUACCUAAACCAAAGGUCGCUGGUCCACCAAAACCAAAGAAGAAGAAGUCCGGCGCUCCAGGUGGCCGUGGUGGCUUCUCUAGAGGUGGUGGUUUCUCCAGAGGUGGUGGUUCCAGAGGUGGUUUCUCCAGAGGUGGUGGUUCCAGAGGUGGCUUCUCCAGAGGCGGCGGUUCCAGAGGUGGCUUCUCCAGAGGCGGCGGUUCCAGAGGUGGCUUCUCCAGAGGCGGUGGUUCCAGAGGUGGUUUCUCUAGAGGUGGUGGCCGUGGCGGUAGAUACUAA